AAGCGGUUGCGGGCUCACAAGGGAGGAGGAAACAAGAUUGUUUUAUUUUUUGAAAAAUCUCGAAGAGCAACACAGCCGUAGUUAAUCCCACACAACAAUGACGGGGUCGAACGAGUUUAAACUGAACCAGGGUCCCGAAGACAGCAUCUCUGCAGUGAAGUUCAGCCCCAGCACUGCCCAGUUCCUGCUGGUCUCCUCCUGGGACUCCACAGUCCGCCUGUUCGAUGUCGGCGGUAACUCCAUGAGAAUGAAGUACCAGCACUUGGCACCGGUGUUGGAUUGUGCCUUUUACGACCCCACACAUGCAUGGAGUGGAGGCCUGGAUAUGCAGCUGAAAACGCAUGAUUUAAAUACAGACCAAGACACGAUAGUGGGAACGCACGACGCCCCGAUUCGCUGUGUGGAAUACUGCCCGGAGGUCAACGUCAUGGUAACCGGCAGCUGGGACAGGUCGGUUCGACUGUGGGACCCGAGGACCCCGUGCAAUGCUGGCACCUUCACUCAGCCUGAAAAGGUCUACACUCUCUCAGUGGCGGGAGACAGGCUGAUUGUGGGAACGGCGGGGCGGAGGGUCCUGGUGUGGGACCUGAGGAACAUGGGCUACGUUCAGCAGAGGAGGGAGUCAUCUCUGAAAUACCAGACCCGCUGUAUCCGAGCUUUUCCCAACAAGCAGGGAUACGUCCUGAGCUCUAUAGAAGGCCGUGUUGCUGUGGAGUACCUGGACCCCAGCCUGGAGGUUCAGAAGAAGAAAUACGCCUUUAAAUGCCACAGGCUGAAGGAAAACGGCAUCGAGCAGGUUUACCCGGUCAAUGCCAUCUCCUUCCACAGCGUUCACAACACCUUCGCCACAGGUGGCUCCGACGGCUUCGUCAACAUCUGGGACCCCUUCAACAAGAAGCGUCUGUGCCAGUUCCACCGCUACCCGACCAGCAUCGCCUCGCUGGCCUUCAGCAACGACGGCUCCACGCUGGCCAUCGCCUCGUCCUACAUGCAGGAGCAGGGAGACAUCAGCCACCCCGAGGACGCCAUCUUCAUCCGACAGGUCACGGACGCCGAGACCAAGCCUAAGUCGACCUGAACCCCGGACAGGAGGGGUGGUUCAAGGUGCAUUGUCGUCUUGAACGCACCAGCUGAAGCUUGCAUCUCCCGGGAAAUAUCUGCUGGCAUCCAGUCGAACCUUAAUCCCGCUCCCCUCUGAAUUUAUUUCUGCGUUUGCUACUUGUUCUCCUAAAGAGAAAUGUUUUAUUUUAGGCAACCAAAACAUGAACGCGU